AAUGAAUUCGUAGCCAGUUUCAAGCGGCGUCCAUGUGAUGGCUGCUGUUAAUUCGGUGCAGACGACGCGGCUGCCACUGCCGACGUUCACACCACGCGCCGUGCUGAUGUACAGUGCGGCGGUUGGGGGAGAGGGGGCGGUGGCUCUUCAGCUGCGGGAGGCAGCUCCUACUGAGCUGGACGGUACUCAUCUCCACGAUGACCGACUUGCCAUUGCUUGCAACGAACCUGAGUUAUUAUCCGAUUUGCUACAUGCUGCCGCUGAUGUCGAUGGCGAACACGACGGCUUGUCCGCGUUGCUGGGAUCGGCAUCUCCCGACUUAGCGCUAGCUUCCGAUGCCUCUGACAGUUUACCUCUGCCAGACCACGACCAUGAUCUCACAACGUCACCGUCAUCAAGCGGCGUGAUGAGUGGCAUCACGACUGUGUCCGUAGCGGUCACCGGACUCGAUCCAAGACCUCUCUCCGCUAAGAAGAUGCGCCCUAAGCCCGCUUCUCCCAAUCGUCAAGGACCGCAGCAGUGCCAAGUAUGCAACAAAAUCUUCGGCAACGCUUCGGCAUUAGCUAAACACAAGCUGACGCACAGUGACGAGAGAAAAUAUGUGUGCAUUACAUGCGCGAAAGCCUUCAAGAGGCAGGACCAUCUCAAUGGGCAUAUGCUCACACACCGGAACAAAAAGCCGUACGAGUGCAAGGCAGACGGUUGCGGUAAAUCAUACUGCGAUGCUCGAUCCCUGCGCAGGCACACAGAGAACCACCACCAACCACCUCCGCCGCUUCCACCACGCGACCCCAAUGCACUAACUACAAGCGGAAGCGGAAGCGGGAGCUCAAGUGCAAGCGCGAGCGAGCGAGAGUCAAACUCGAACAGGGUGGCCUCACCCAUAUCGCCAUCACGCACGGCCACGGUGAAUUCUGACUCUAGCAACUCCGGGUCGGAGAAAUCGAGUUCAAAUACAAGCGGCAGCGGGACCGGUGAUAACAGCCCACUAAGCACUCCCCCCGCGCUGCACACCCCUCCCACGCGCCCCAAAGCCAGGACCAGCAGUAGCAAGAUCAAAACCAACAGUAUACACGCGCAGCAUGGAAAUCAAAAAAGUGGGAGUGGUGCCAAUGCGUCGACAAACGGAGCAACGAGCGCCGCGGGCACAUCAGUUAUCCGCCCCAUCGAUGUGAAACCAGUCGAGUGCAACCUGUGCCAUCGCAAGUUUAAGAACAUCCCUGCUCUUAAUGGGCACAUGAGACUCCAUGGAGGUUACUUUAAAAAGGAUUCAGACAACAAGAAACUAGACAAAAAGGAAUCUACAGGACCUCCACUACAAACUGCAUCAGUUUCUGUUCGUGCACUCAUCGAGGAAAAAAUCAUAAGUCGUCGUGGAGCUACAGCUACCUGUACAUCUUCAACUGGAACAAUUACAGACACCGUAGUUUCUCGCUCGGGUUUUGUUGCACCUGCACCACCGCCGCUAUCUACCAUACGGACUUCUAUUGGGUCACCCGCUUCGCCGGUUGCCACCUCCGGACACUUCGUGCCGCCGCGCGCUCCUUCAGUCGUCACCAUCGCAUCAAAUGUAGCUACCAAUAUUACUGCCGCUAACAGAGACUCAGCCCUUAUCGAGCUGUUGAAGAAAGGCAACUCGAAGGUAGUGAAAAGGUCAGCCUCAGAUCCAGGUCAAUCAUCACCACAGCAAGAUUUUACAUUUCGACCAGAACUUUUUGGAGUAUCGUUUAAUUCCGACGAUGGAUAUUUUUCACCAGCUCUUAAUGAAGACACUUUCCAGUUUACAACCACACCUGAACACCUUAAGGAUCUGGCAUCAUUAGAAGAUUACGCAACAGUGGCUGCUUCUAUUCGAGAACGAUCACCUGUUACUUUCCCGUCCAAUAAACGCCUUGCUGCUGUACUGAACUCGCCUUUGCCAGAAUCCCUAGCUGAUUUUGGAGCUUGUCAUGGUGGGUCACCUGUGCCAUCACCGGGAAUCGGUUAUACAGCUAAUUCCCCAGUGUUGUCUUAUUCCACUGGAGACUCUCCCGGAUUGGGUUAUACGGCCACAUCCCCGGGAGGAAGUUAUUCAACUCAACCUGAAUCGUCUCCUGGUUUAGCAUAUCCCACACCGCCAGGAUCUCACGAUGCUCAGUCACCGGCACAUACUGUACCGCGUGCCUCAUCACCGCUGUCAGCUGCCUUCUUUACUGCUACUAUGUCCAGUCAGGAAGAGGUGGAAGAGGCCUUAGAGGAAGUUUUGCCUGAAGAAUGCAGAUCACUAGAUGCUUACGCCUUAGAACCAUCGCCAGCACCCCGGCAAAUUAUGUUGAACUCUGAAGAUCCAUUGUUGUCCAGCAGUCCUCGAGACUUCUCACAUCAACGACCAAUGAGGCGAUUCCAGCGCAUGGUUUCUACUAUACCUAUGCAUCAUUGGCAGCAAGACACAUCAUUACAGGUGUGCGUUGAAGGCAGAGACACAGCACCAGCAGUGUUCCUAAGUCCAAGCAGUGUGCCAGCUUCUCCUCAAAGACGCAAACGACGAGCAUCUCCAGCUGGACCUUAUCGAUCUCGCUUGCGGCGAACUAUCGAUCAUUAUACACCGCAACCCAUACUGCCUCCGGAUCGAGCUGGUUCUGGGCUGUUCGUGGAACUAACAGCAGGUCUACCAACAACAGAGACAGACGUACUGUCUCAACUAGAUGAGCCGCGACCACCACAAAUCAAUAUUGGCAGGGACCACCAAGUAGACAUACCCGAACUCUGCAACAACCGCAUAGAUCUCCAUAGAGUUCCUGAACAGCUUCUUUGGGACCCUGGCAUUAAUGAUGCUCUUGAUGAUAACGAAGUGCGCAUGUUCAUGGAGCUAGCAAUGUGCGCGGCCAUGCCAGUCGGAGGUCACACACGAGAAUACGCCCUGCAGACUCUGGGCGAGUGCGGAGGUGACAUCAGAGCUGCAACACUGCGACUCAUGUCACGACCAGCCGCUCCCUCGCAACACGAGUCACGUUGGACGCCAGAAGAAGUUGAAGCCUUCUUAGCUGGACUCAGUCACUACGAUAAGGACUUCUACAGAAUUGCGCAACUGAUAAGAACAAAAGAUUCAAAACAAUGCGUGCAGUUCUAUUACUUCUGGAAGAAGGUAACCAAAGACUACAAGAUACUACACCUAAGGAGCUGGCACAAGGAACAACAGGCUACACAAGUAAGCACCGCCACCAGUACGGGGCCAUUUCUUGUCUUCAAGCUUGAGGAGUGA